AACAUCUUUCUCCUCCUCUCCAUCUUUCAUUCCACUUACCAACGCCAACACUCAUCGACAGACAUACAGUAAAUAACAAUGGGACGACUUCGCCGCUCAAGAGUUCACAAGGGUAUCCGCGAUAUCCAGCGCAAAUACCGAACAAAGCGCUACAUGCGUGAUAUCGACCAGAUCCAUGAUGAUAUCCAGCCCGAGAAUGUCGCUAAAUUCGAGAAGCCCGAGCUGGACCCUGAACUUCCUGGUCUGGGUCAAUUCUACUGCAUCCCCUGCGCUAAGCACCACAUUAACAAGGAGUCGCUGCAGGAACAUCAAAAGGGGAAGAUCCACAAGAAGAGGGUCAAGCUGUUGAAGGAGGAGCCUUACUCUCAGGCCGAGGCGGACGCCGCCGCAGGACUUCAAAGAGCUGAUACUAAAGUCAAGAAGACCAAUACUGAAGCUAUGGAUGUGGCCGAAAUCAACGCCCCGGUCGCAUAAAUUUUUGUCUUCACAUUCACUUCUAAGGCUGUAUCAAAGUAUCUCAGCGCUACCAAUUUCAUUACUUUUUUCAAGCAUAG